AAGCAAAGCUACUGCUGCUGUUGCUUCUGCAGUCAUCAACACGGUGCUGUGGUAUUGGUGGAAUCAUUCCUCUUUCAGCUCUACGGGCUCUGCGUACACUUAUGCACACUAUCAAAUCCCCCAUAUUUUGUGUAUGGCGAUAUGCAGCAGUACAACACACUCGGCAACACUUCGCCAGUUCAUUUGUAUGUCCCGUGUAAAACUUAAAACUUGUUCGAAUGCGAAAAAAAGAGGUUGAUUUCCGUUCGGACGCUGGUUAAUCUUUCAUAAAUUUGCGUUCCUUAGUUAAGUCGGUUCGGAGUAUAUUUGAGUUGUUUGUGAAAAGUGGCGUUUCGAAAGUAGCGGUGCCGUUUAACCUCCCCGAAGUGCUCGUCCGUAUAUUUCCGGUCCGUGCAAUCUCCCGUGUGAAAGUGUUAUUCGUGGUUUCGUGUGGUAUUGAAACAGGCAGAGAAGAGUGUGGUGAUUGGCUUUACGAAGCGUAGUGAAACUUUUUUUUUUCGAGCCAAGCAAAUAGUUGUUGAGCUCGGAGCUAAUCUCGGACAUCUUGCCUUCCUGGCGUGUGUGUGGUGAUUGUAGUGAGGCAGGAUUCUUCCUUCGCCAAUCAAGGUGCCCAAGUUUUGCAGCGGUGACAGCGGAACGAAUCCACAAAAUUUCCAUCCAUCUCGUGGCAUCGCAAACACUUCCUUUGUGCCCGAAUACAGAAAGAGAGAGGAACGAUCCAGAGUGUGUACCCGUACUCACCCCCGGUUCCCAGAGAAUACACUAUCAAAACACAGGCAGCUGCGGUACAAUCAAAUGAUAUAAAAUGUCCGUCUUCACUAACAGCACCACCUUCUUCCAAAGCGGUACCUCGGCCCAAUUCGAGUACGUGCUGGGGCUAUACCCGCAGGCCUUGAGGCUACGAGCGGAAAAACGAGGCACCGGCAAAAAGUCCGAGAAGCUGAUCCGACUGGACGAGUGGUACCAGAACACGCUGCCCAAGCUGAUCAAGAGUCGUGGCAAGGAUGCCCACCUGGUGCACGAAGAGCUGGUGCAGACGAUGGAAUGGAAGCAAACCCGGGGGAAGUUCUAUCCGCAGCUGACCCAUCUGAUCAAGAUCAACACGCCGCGCGCCGUGUACAUGGAAACGAAGAAGGCGUUCCGCAAGCUGCCCAACCUGGAGCAGGCGCUGAAUGCGCUGUCGAAUCUGAAGGGAGUUGGCAUCACGAUGGCGUCCGCACUGCUGGCUGCGGCGUUGCCAGAGAGCGCCCCCUUCAUGGCGGACGAGUGCCUGAUGGCCGUUCCGGACUUCGAGAGCAUUGACUACACCGCGAAGGAAUAUCUGAAGUUUGUGGCGAGUAUCCAACAGACGAUGGAUAGGCUGAACAAGGAAAUUCACGCUGGAGGAGACGAGACCGAGAGCAACGGAGCCGAGGAGAAUGGGGAUGGGAAGGUGAAGAAGUGGACGGCGCACAAUGUUGAGUUGGCCCUAUGGGCUCAUUAUGUUGCAGUUGACCUGCAACCGGAGCUGCUGAAGGAUAUGCCGGAAAGUAAUGGGGUCGUGGCGGCGGCGGCGUCGAACGGUAGCUCCCUGGAUGCGGAUCAUGACGAGAACUCACAGAACGGGGCACCCUCGGAUGAGAGUAAUAUGGACAGCGACACGGUGCUUACCAAUGGAAACACCAACGUGGACAGUAUGGAUGGUUCGGAGAAUGGAACGGUUGGAGAGUUGGAGAACUCGGCGGCGCCCACCGCAAAUGACGACGCGAAGGACCUUCCCGCCGAUAGCUUAGAUGAUUGCACCAAAUCCGGCGACAGUUUAGAUGAACCUCCGGCCGUGAAAGCUACCACCGCAGCCGUGGCCAGCCUCUGCACUGCCGACGCGGAGGUUGCGGUCGACAGCGAUUCUCAGAGCAGCAACAGCCAGAAGCGUCCGCUCUACUGUGACAACAAUUCCGACGAACAGCCAGAGAUAAGUGCUCCCAAGCUGUUAAAGCUGUAGAGACCAGGAGGACCACAGGACUGCAUUCUUUUUUUUUUUUGCUAUUAUUUUUUUCAUCUUUCACUCCCCCCUCCUGAGUUGGUUUUCCGGUAUGAGAGUGCGAGCGAACGAACGAUACGAGCGUGAGGAUUUUUUUAAAGGAAAGCAAGAAUGAGUUGUGGCUAUGUGCGCGCGAGGAUCGUGAGUAUUUUGUUCUUAUCCAUCCCCCGAUCACCGAACACCACUCCCAAACCACGCCCCACGUAUUUAUGACGCCUCUUGACGCCAGCAGACAGCCAGAGAGUAAGCAACAAUGAAACAAUAGGACAACAACCGUAACAAUGCGAUCCCUUCCUUUAUACAUUAGGUAAAUCAGCUCGCAGAAUCAUCGUGUAGCGUGAAUGUAGGGUUUAAGUUAUGGUGUCGCUCCGCCCCCAAAAUAAACAAAAACACACCCAUCUACUACUAUACUUGCUAGCUCAUAAUAUAUUGUAUUUUACACGUAAUUAUUUUAUUUACAAAUCAGCAUUAUCGGAUAGAAUAGUAGCGGUAGAUGACCUUUUUUUUCACCACAAUUUUUUUUAAAUGAAUUUUGAAACACAAAAAACAGCAAAAGAAAUACCCAAUAAUACAAAAGAAAGUGCGAUCGUGUUAGCCUUAGGAUUUUAGAAAAAAACGAGAUGAAAAGUUUGAGCGAAAGAAAGAAUCUAUAUUGGUUUGAGUUUUAAUUCUGCCAUCCCGAAGCACGCCCCCUUAAACUUCCACACGCGCAUCGUUUUUAUCGGUUCCGUUGAUCUUUUUGACGUGGGACUACGUCUAACCGGAGUAUAUGGGGGGUAAAAUGAAAACCCAAACACAGAACAUGCAGGGAAAAAUGAAAGAUUCCGAAUGCCUAUAACUCGAACAUUUCUUACUGGAUCGGAAAGAUGUUUGUAUCAAUUGAUAGCUCACUGCUCACUGAAUUUCUACGCAUACCAUUUGAUGAUUAGGUAAAAAAUUAAUAACCAUUUGCUGCGAUAGCGCCUAUUGAUUGAUCAACAUACAUUCGAAGUACAUGUCAAAAUCGAAACUGAGUGCCUGAAGUUCAUCAAAUCAAGCAAAUUCACGGUUCGAGAAGUACGUACACUUGAGAGUGGCGACUUCAGAGGGAAAAGUAAAAUUAAAUAAACGUUUGAUAAUUCUUCCGUUCACAUAUUUUGUCCUAAGCAUCAUACCAAACGUAAAAGGACUGUCCCUCAAUUUAUUUGUAACGAAAAACAUAGUCUAUCACAAUCCAUGAAUUGACCUUACAUGGCAAUUUAUUCAAUCUCUUCAUUCACAAAGCAAAUAUAUUGUAUUCGAUUGAAUUAGGAAAUUGUGUCAUUCAAUCAAAAAUUUAAUCAAUACAAACAAAUGAUUGCUAAGCUAAGGUAGUCCCACGUCAACCUUGCGGUUAUAUCAUAGAUAUAACCUACCCAUUUUUUCUAGUGGCGAACCAGUAUUCACUAUCGCCAGGUCAACGAAUCCAUUCGCUUUUUGUGGACAAAAUGCAAAUCCAAAUGGACAAUAUUCCGCCUUCCCUGAGAGGAAUACACCAUUCAUUGGCGCCAUACCAUAGGUGCGAGCCCCGUGAGCUAAAAUAAGAGGUAAAUGCAAUUUCCAUCCCAUCGUGUGCGGAAAUUCGAUCAAGGCAAUAUUCCAUCCGGUGCCGUUGUCAUCCGGGGCUCGGAAUAGUUCGGCCUGUAACCUUCGCGACUGAACAAAAAAAAACACAACAGUCACUUGUUCGAACUAUCACCGGCAGUGAAAAGGGGAUAAGCUUUUGUUUUGUAUACCUGGAAAACAAUUUUGCCAAACCGAUCCAUUGUGUUGCAAACCAUUCCCGACGUUUUUGUAUCGUUCCUUUUUUGUCAACUAAAAUAAACGAAGUUUCUGAUCGAAAACAUAAACUGAAGUUCCCAUAGUUGCUUGUUUGGCUCUCGGUAACAAUGUAGCGCCUUACGUUUGCACCUAACCAAACUGAAUCAUUUGAAAAAGCACAAAUGAGCCAACCACCACAAACUACAAAUCAAUAUCCAUUAUGUCUGAACACAGAGAGCCAAUAAAAACAAAAACAAACAAAAAAACGAAACGCUAAUACCAACUGGAAAAAUGUGACUUAUUAGAAGCUAAGGCAAAAUAUUUCCCCUCCCAAAAACAAAACAACCGCAGCGCGCCGCAUCUCGUGGGGAUGCUCGUCCCAAUUUUGAAACGCUCCACCUCUCCCUCUCCCCCUCCUCUUUCUCUUUUUUUUGACACGAUAGUGGAUAAGCUAAACCGAUUUUUGCUUUUGUUUCUCACAAUGUGAGACUGAGACAGAGACAUAGAGAGAGAAAAAGCGGAACAUGGGUGGAUGACCACAAACUACAAAACAUAGGAUGGAUGGAUAUAGGAUAUAUAUAUAUAUAUUUUUGAUAUGGAGUAUUUAUAUCUCGAGUGACAACACACACACACACACCCUGCGAUUGUGGAAAGAGACACUGCACCGGAAAAUGGUCGCGUGUUGUGCACGGGAAGCACGCGCAGAACAACACUGUCUGUCGGUGGCGGCGGCGGUACUUGUGCGCGAAACUUUAUGUAUACAAUUAUUGUGUUUAGGAUGUUGUUAUCACAUGCAACACAAAUGGGACGACGUUCUUGAAGAAAGCAAAAAAUUGAAAAACAAAGAAGGAAAGCAAAACAAAAACAACUACGGGCGUUGAAGUGAAUCUAUCAUUUAAUACAAUCCAUUUUAAAAACAAAAUAUACAUAUAUAUGAAUGUUUAAUCCGAAGAUUAUCGUGUCAGUUUAGAAAGUAUACAAACAAACAAAAAAAACUAGAAAACAAAUAAACAAAGAGAUAAAAGAAAUGAGACAAAAAUUAAGAAAACACGUUAAGAUUCUUUGUAAGUGAAUAAUAAUCAUGCUAUUAAACCGGUAAGGAUCUUCUUAUAUAAACACACACACACACAAGUAGGUUUACGAAACUAGCGAUACAUUGAAUAAAAAUGCAACCAUCCAAAAAU